AUGCGACAAAUCGAGCGUGGUAGAGACGACAACGUCUCACAUGCGACCGGCCCUUCCAAGGUCCCCGAGAGUGUGCAAGAAGCUGUUCCCAAGAGUGUAGAGGACGCCCUGCCUGAGUCUAUCCAUCCUACCAGCAAGAACCCUAAGAAAUCGACCGACAAGUCGCACGCCAAGAAUGAUGGCGAGGAAUCUAUUGUGCCGAAGAAGGUUCAAGAGAAGUUGCCGGAGGAGGUAGAGAGAGCUGUUCCCAAUGCUAUUCAUGAUACGGGAGAUGCACCAGUUACGGCUUACGUCGUUACAAACGCCUAA